AACACUUCUUCCUCCAGGUCCGCUGCAUUACCACACGUCCUUACGGCGGUGAGGGUGUGGACGUAGGCACUGUACACACUCCUUGAAGACACUGGGACGCCGCUAUUAACUUCUCAUUCGGAUACUUCAUCUUAAUAUAUCGGGGUUGUGUGAGUGCCGCCACCCCCUCAAGGCUGUGCAGUCGUGUCCCUCACUGUUUUGGGUGAGGGACGGAUGCACGCCACAACCCCCGCUGGCUAAAACCUUCCCCCCCCACCACCCGUCUCGACCGUUGGCUUCGUCGACUCUCUCAGGUUCGCCUUAAAAUCUCGAGUGCCCCAUCCAAGAUGGAUGACAUCUUCACGCAGUGUCGAGAAGGCAACGCCGUGGCUGUGCGCCUGUGGUUGGACAACACCGAAAAUGACCUAAACCAAGGGGACGACCACGGCUUCAGUCCUCUGCACUGGGCGUGCAGGGAGGGCCGCUCCAGCGUCGUGGACAUGCUCAUCAUGAGAGGCGCCCGCAUCAACGUCAUGAACCGCGGAGACGACACGCCCUUGCACCUGGCUGCCAGCCACGGACAUCGGGACAUCGUGGGCAAGCUGAUUCAGUGCAAAGCAGACACCAAUGCAGCCAACGAACACGGGAACACACCACUGCAUUACGCCUGCUUCUGGGGCCAAGACUUAGUGGCGGAGGACCUGGUGAACAAUGGGGCUCAGGUGAGCAUCUGUAACAAAUAUGGGGAAACUCCUCUGGAUAAAGCCAAACCUCAUCUGCGAGAGCUCCUCAGAGAAAAAGCUGAGAAAAUGGGACAGAACUUGACCAAAAUUCCCUUCAAGGACACCUUUUGGAAAGGCACCACCAGAACUCGACCCCGCAACGGCACGUUGAACAAACAUGCGGGCAUUGACUAUAAACAGCUCUCUCUCCUGGCUAGAAUAAAUGAGAACCAGUCUGGAGAGUUGUGGCAAGGGCGCUGGCAAGGAAACGAGAUUGUGGUCAAAGUGCUAAAGGUUCGUGACUGGACCACGAGGAAAAGCAGAGACUUCAACGAGGAGUAUCCCAAACUCAGGAUUUUUUCCCACCCGAAUGUCCUACCCAUGUUGGGAGCAUGUCAGUCUCCUCCCGCCCCUCACCCCAUCAUCAUCACACACUGGAUGCCUUAUGGCUCCCUCUACAACGUGCUGCAUGAGGGCACCAACUUUGUGGUGGACCAGACGCAGGCGGUGAAGUUUGCUCUGGACAUUGCCUGCGGGAUGGCCUUCUUGCACACGCUUGAACCCAUGAUCCCUCGCCACUACCUGAACAGUAAGAGCAUCAUGAUAGAUGAAGACAUGACAGCCAGGAUCAGCAUGGCAGACGUCAAGUUCAGCUUCCAGUGUCCCGGCAGGAUGUACUCGCCCGCUUGGGUCGCCCCUGAGGCCCUGCAGAAAAAGCCGGAAGAGAUCAACCGACGGUCAGCAGACAUGUGGAGCUUUGCUGUGCUGCUGUGGGAGCUGGUGACCAGGGAGGUGCCCUUUGCAGACCUCUCCAACAUGGAGAUUGGCAUGAAGGUGGCCUUGGAAGGCUUGAGACCCACAAUUCCCCCCGGCAUUUCCCCCCACAUCUGUAAGCUGAUGAAGAUAUGCAUGAACGAGGACCCGGCCAAGAGGCCCAAAUUUGACAUGAUUGUGCCCAUUCUGGAAAAGAUGCAGGACAAGUGAAAGGAAGCCCCUCCAUUUGUAGUGGACAUCUUACCACGGAUGUUGGCACUUGCCAGUAUUGCCUUAAACUUCUUUUUUUUUUCUUCUUCUUAACGCAGCAUUGAGUAACAGCUUCUCAGCAGCAGUUUUUUUUUUUCAAUGUGUUUUUUUUUGUCGUCAUUGCUGAUGCAGUCUUCUCAGGAGCUCAGCAAGACUCUCCAUCAUGUUGACUGUAAUCGAAUGGACUGAAUACAAGGGGCUGAAUAUAUAACCUGUGGAGGGGAGCACCACGCAUCGCCUCAGCGGGUUUUAUUUGCAUCGUAAUGGUCUUUUUACGCUGGAAACUUGUGCCGUGGAACAUACUACCCCAAAGCAGGUCUUUUCCAGACCUGUCAGCAUUUCUAGCAGAAAGUUAGGAUGUGUAAAGCUGUCCAAUCCAAAGUGUUUCUCCGACAUCAUCUAAUAAUUACUUUUCUUUUUCAGUGUGUUACAGAUUGCUAAUUUGCUCCUUUUUAUUUUGAAAUAUAAAUCCACUAUUUUUACUUAACACCCGAUUAAAAAAAAAUAAAUAAAUCUACCCCAAAUGUGCAUUUAAUUAUGACAUUGAAGUCUUUCAGCUGUACAACAUCAAUUCAAAAGUGCCUGCGUUGAGACGUGUUAUUUUUAUGUUGAAUUGUGGCAAACAUGCAAUCCUGUCUCCCAGACUGUAAAUCAACACAUAUACUUGCAGCAUUGGUAUUGUUUCUUGACUUGUUUUAUGAUAAUAUUCUGGCUUUUACUGCUUCUUUUUCUUACUUGCAUUCAUUGGCCCACUCAUGUAUCUCAUUCGUCCUUUCUGUGCCUCCACCAGCUCUGCUUGUUUGUGCCCAAUCACAGGUUGCUGAAGCCAAAAUCUAAAGCAACCUUUACAAAUGUAUGUAUUUAUAUAUAUAUGAGUAUAUUAAAAGGAAAAGACGUGUA